GCAGUUUAUUCGCCGAGAGUCGCACGUGGACGAGUGGUUACACAAAAGUCUAAAACCAAAGCUCCACCAUGACCGAAGAAUUGAGUGCCAUGGACCAGUUUUGUGGCUCCACAUUUUGGGAUGCCAACGAGACUUGGUGGACAACCGAUCCUGAUUUUACGCCCUGUUUCGAGCAAACAGUGCUUGUUUGGACUCCCUGUGCUUUCUUCUGGCUAUUUGUGUUGUUCGAUUUUUGGUAUCUGAAGGCCAGCUUAGAUAAGAAUAUACCAUGGGGUAAAUUAAACACAGCAAAACUAUUUGUAAAUCUUGGUCUUUUGGUGAUUACCGCACUGGAUCUAAUAAUGGCACUGGUUAAGAAGGGCGACGAAAUGGGCUCGGGCCCACUCUAUGCCCUUGACAUUUGGGGACCGAUUAUAAAAUUUGCCACCUUCUUGAUGUUAUUGAUAUUUAUACCACUGAAUCGUAAGUACGGCGUACAGACAUCUGGCUGCCAGUUCAUAUUCUGGUUCCUGCUGGUGAUUUUCUCGAUACCACGAUGCCGCACCGAGGCACGUCUGAAUAAUCAACGCAAUGAGAUAACCAACUCGCAACAGGUCUCCCCGAACGAUUUCUCAUGGGAGGAAUAUCAGUUUGUCAGCUUUUACAUUUUCUUUGCGUUCUCGUGCGUGAUGUUGGUGCUAAACUGCUUCUCCGACAAGUUGCCCAGGCAGACCAAAUACCAUCGUGGACCCAACGAGAUACCUGAGCUGUCGGCCAGUUUUCUCUCUCGCAUCACGUACCGUUGGUUCGACGGCAUGGCACUGAAAGGUUAUCGCAAUCCUCUGGAGGAGAAGGAUUUGUGGGAUCUGCGGCCGCAGGAUAGUUGCAAGGAAGUGAUGCCCACCUUUGCUCAUUACUGGAACCAGAAUGUGCGCAAGAAUCACAAGCAGACCAGUAACGCCAAGCAUGAGCCAAAGGCUAAAUUCAGCAAUGGCCGCGUUUCCUUCGAGAAUCCGGAGAGCAGUGGCAAGAAGAAGGGAUUGGCCAGCAUUAUGCCGCCCAUUUACAAAUCCUUCGGCGGAAUCUUUCUGUUCGGCUCGUUCUUCAAGCUGAUUACUGAUGUCCUGACCUUUGCCCAGCCCCAAGUGCUUGGCCUGAUCAUUAGCUAUGUGGAGGACUAUGAAAAAAAUCCCCAGCCGGAGUGGAAGGGUAUACUGUAUUCGGUUGCACUCUUCGUCCUGGCCAGUGCACAGACCUUCAUUUUGGCCCAGUAUUUCCAUCGCAUGUUCAUUGUCGGUCUGCGCAUUAGGACAGCUCUAAUCAAUUGCAUUUACCGCAAAGCGUUGCGCAUCUCAAAUGCCGCCCGCAAACAGUCGACAGUCGGCGAAAUUGUCAAUCUGAUGGCAGUGGAUGCGCAACGUUUCAUGGAUCUGACCACUUAUUUGAAUAUGUUGUGGUCGGCACCACUGCAAAUUGCACUAGCUCUCUACUUCCUCUGGCAGCAGUUGGGCCCCUCUGUGCUGGCCGGUCUCGCCGUGAUGAUCAUCAUGAUUCCGUUGAACGGCUUCAUUGCCAGUCGCAUCAAGACUUAUCAGAUACGCCAAAUGAAGUACAAGGAUGACCGUGUCAAGCUCAUGAACGAGGUCCUCAGUGGCAUUAAGGUGCUCAAGUUGUACGCCUGGGAACCCAGUUUUGAGAAGCAAGUCUUGGAUAUACGUGAUAAGGAAAUUGCCACACUACGCUCUACUGCCUAUUUGAAUGCCAGCACAUCCUUCUUGUGGUCCUGUGCUCCGUUUUUGGUAUCAUUAGUCACAUUUGCCACAUAUGUUCUAGUCGAUGAGAAUAAUGUGCUUGAUGCGAAAAAAACAUUUGUUUCAUUAUCAUUAUUCAACAUUCUUCGUUUUCCGUUAACAAUGUUGCCCAUGCUGAUCACCAACCUGGUGCAAACGCAAGUUUCUGUUGGUCGUAUAAAUAAAUUCUUGAACAGUGAAGAGCUGGACCCCAAUAACGUACAGCAUGAUGCCUCAAAGCCACAUCCCAUGACCAUUGAGAAUGGCUUCUUCUCGUGGGGCGAGGAGGAUGAGAUAACGCUCAAGAAUAUCAACAUUGAGGUGCGCCAGAAUAAUCUGGUUGCCAUUGUUGGCACUGUCGGUUCCGGUAAGUCCUCGGUGAUACAAGCAUUCCUUGGUGAAAUGGAAAAGAUCUCGGGCUCGGUAAACACCGUCGGCACUAUGGCAUAUGUGCCGCAGCAGGCAUGGAUUCAGAAUGCGACCGUACGUGAUAACAUAUUGUUUGGCAAGCCGUACGAUCGCAAGCGCUACAAUCGCGUCAUUGAUGCCUGCGCCCUGCGCACCGACAUUGAAAUACUCUCGGCUGGCGAUCAGACCGAAAUUGGUGAGAAGGGCAUCAAUCUAUCCGGUGGACAAAAGCAGCGCAUCUCAUUGGCGCGCGCUGUCUACAGCGAUGCGGAUCUGUAUCUGCUGGAUGAUCCAUUGAGUGCAGUCGACGCGCACGUAGGCAAACACAUCUUUGAGGAGGUGAUCGGACCGAAGGGCAUGCUGGCCAAGAAGACCCGUGUCCUUGUUACCCAUGGCAUUACGUUCCUACCCCAAACGAAUAAUAUAUAUGUGAUGAAGUUGGGCGAGAUCACUGAGAGUGGCACCUACAGCGAAUUGCUGAAGAGCAAGGGCGCCUUCUCCGACUUCCUUAUGCAACAUCUGCAAGAGGGCGAUGUUGAGGAAGAAGAGAUCGAUCAAAUCAAACGUCAGCUCUCUCAGACAGAUCCCGAAUUGGUCGUUCCCUUUGAGAAAGCGAUUGCACUGGCGCGGACCGAAAGCCUUUCUGACUCCAUAUCCAUCAACUCCGCCAGCAGCUUGAUGGGCGGCAGUUUGCGUCGUCGCGGUAAGCGACAAAAUUCGUAUGAUUCUGGAGGAUCGGCUGCCUCGUUGAAGAAGAAACAGGAGAUCGAAGGCAAACUGAUUGAGACAGAGAAAUCGCAGACGGGUGGCGUCGACUUUGCCGUCUAUAAGCAUUAUAUCAAGAGUGUCGGCAUCUUUCUGUCAGUUGCAACGCUAGUGCUCAAUUUUGUGUUCCAAGGCUUCCAAAUCGGCUCCAAUUUGUGGCUUACGAAAUGGUCAAAUGACAAAGAAGUCGAGAACGAUACGGGACUGAGGAAUAUGUAUUUGGGUGUCUACGGAGCCUUCGGUGUUGGACAAGGUGUGUUUGCCUACAUUGCGGUCGUGAUUGUAUACUGCGGCGGCCUCAAUGCGGCCAAAACGUUGCACAACAAACUGCUGCAUUACAUAAUGCGCGGCUCGAUCUGUCGCUUCUUCGACGUAACGCCCCUGGGCCGCAUCUUGAACAAUUUCAGCGCCGAUAUGGAUGUUAUCGACGAAGAGUUGCCCGCCACCGUGGACUCCUUCAUGACCUUUAUAUUUAUGGUUCUUGCAACUAUUGUGGUUAUUAGCAUUUCAACGCCAAUUUUCCUGGCUGUCAUUGUGCCCAUUGCGUUCAUCUAUUACUUCGCCCAACGAUUCUAUGUGGCAACAUCGCGUCAACUGAUGCGCUUGGAGUCCGUCUCCCGUUCACCAAUCUAUUCACACUUUGGCGAGACAGUCACUGGAGUUUCGACGAUACGCGCCUAUACUGUACAAGAUCGCUUCAUUGAUGAAUCGGACGGAAAGGUGGACAAGAAUCAAGUGUGCAAAUAUCCAUCUCUGAUUGCCAAUCGUUGGCUCGCCGUUCGCCUGGAGAUGGUUGGCAAUCUAAUCAUUUUGUUUGCCUCGCUCUUUGCGGUGCUCGGUGGCCAAACGAAUCCCGGCCUGGUGGGUCUGUCGGUCAGCUAUGCGCUGCAGGUGACCCAAACGCUCAACUGGCUGGUGCGCAUGUCCUCCGACAUUGAGACGAACAUUGUGUCUGUGGAGCGCAUAAAGGAGUAUGGCGAGACGAAACAGGAGGCUCCCUGGGAGCUGGAGUCGGACAAGCAGAAGCCAAAGAAUUGGCCCGCCGAUGGUCGAGUCGAGUUUCAGAAUUUCCAGGUGCGCUAUCGCGAGGGUCUCGACCUGGUGCUGCGCGGCGUCAGCUUCAACAUAACGGGCGGCGAGAAGGUCGGCAUCGUGGGACGCACUGGCGCUGGCAAAUCCAGUUUAACAUUGGCUCUAUUCAGAAUCAUUGAAUCGGCUGGUGGUAAGAUUCUCAUUGAUGGAGUGGAUAUUGCGAGCAUGGGUCUGCAUAUGCUGCGCUCGCGCCUAACCAUCAUACCACAGGAUCCCGUGCUGUUCUCCGGCUCGCUGCGCUCCAAUCUCGAUCCAUUUGAGAUUAAAACCGAUGAGGAGCUGUGGAAAGCAUUGGAAUUGUCGCAUCUGAAGGCAUUCGCCAAGAGUUUAGCAGCCGGUCUGAAUCACGAAAUCUCCGAGGGUGGCGAAAAUCUAUCCGUGGGUCAACGUCAAUUGGUCUGCUUGGCGCGUGCUUUGCUGCGCAAGACUAAAGUGCUCAUCCUGGACGAGGCCACAGCGGCUGUGGAUCUGGAAACCGACGACCUCAUUCAGAAAACAAUUCGCAGUGAGUUUAAGGAAUGUACUGUGAUGACAAUUGCCCAUCGCUUGAAUACGAUUCUGGACUCGGAUAAGGUGAUCGUGCUGGAUAAGGGUCAAAUUACCGAGUUUGCCUCACCCGACGAGCUGCUCGGCAAUCCGAAAUCGGCGUUCUAUAGCAUGGCGAAGGAUGCCAAUCUGGUUUAGUAAUUUAAUGCUUAUAUUUGACGAAACUCAUGUACCCAACAAGUGUGUCCAACAAAACAAAUAAUACUUAAAACAAAAACAUAAAACUAAAAACUAGAAAUAGUUAGGCACCAAAUUCAACGGUAGCUUUACAAAAAUUAUUUGACAAACACUGGUAACGAAAUAAUAAUUACUUAAUUAGUUAAUGUGCUCUACCUCAGCGGAAGCAACAAUUACAGCAAUAGAAAUUACUACAACAACAAAGAAAAAAAACAACAACAACAAUAGCAAUACACACAAUAUGUAUGUGCGUGCAAUUAGUAAAUACCAUUAAAAUGUUCAUUAGUUUAAGCCAACAAAGUUAAACCGGUUUUAUUAGUACAAUGUGCUUAAAAUGUAUUUGAAUGUGUAUAUAUAUUUAUGUACGUACGUGUAUGUACUUACCUACGUUCGAUUUGUGUAUAUGAUAAUGUAUUCGUAUGUAACCAUCGACAAUUCAUACAUAUGUAUAAUGUAUUUGUAUGUGGAAUUACAUGCCAAGUUUAUUUUUCUAUUCAAAGUUUACAUGUUACAAACUACCGAAAAACGAGUCCAUUUGUUAAAUUCUUAAUUACGCAAUAUAUAUAUGAUACGUACUUAAAAAGAAAACAAACAACAAACAAACUAAGGAAACAACCUCUUAAGAAUUUGCCUUCAAAUGAUUAAAUCACUAAGAUAUAAUGCCCAGUAGUUAAUUAAAUUUUGCAACAUUUUUGUAAAAUGUGUAUACUUGAAACGUGUACUUAAAAACAACAAUUGAAAUUAUGUGUAUAAGAAAGAAAUAAAACUCAACUAACCAAUGUGAAUCGACAGUUCAUAUUUAUAUACGUGUAUGUUCAUAUUUAUAUAUGUAUAUUUCUAUUUUAUUUAUUAUUUCUUAACCAAAUCCAAAUCCGAUUCAUCCAUCUAUUAUAAUACUUUUCGGACAUCGUAGGAGGAUUAGUAAAUUUGUACAUCAGAAAAAGAUCAGAAAUACCAAAGCCUCAAUAAACAAAAGGUAGAAUUGUCAACAAAUUGAAAUCAUUGUUUUCAAUUAUAAAUAACUAAAUCUUUUACAA